AUGCAGAUUGUGCAGAGACCAGUCCGAUUUUUCGUUUCCUUUCAAUCAUCUGAAGGGCGCGACGCUUGCGGCGCGGGUAACUUCUCGUUCUCUUUCCGAAUUUGUUUUCUUUUCCAUGCCCCUAGAUCAGAGAAGCCCAACUGGGAUUACCAUGCAGAGAUACAAGCUUUCUGCCACCGGCUACAUGAAAAUUUUUCUUUGGAUCUUCUCAAGACUGCGUUUGUUAAUUCCUGUUACAUUGAAAGUGAAGAGGCGAGACGCCGAGAACUUGGGCUCGACAAAGAGACGGUCGCUCUUAAUCUACAAGAUAAUAGUAAACUUGCUGAGCAAGGGAUGUCUUUUUCAUGUUCUUACCUGACGCAGGGCUUUGAAGGUGCCUACCCUGAUUUACCUGCGGAGGGGAUAGGAGCACUUGUAGAUUUUCUUACCAGUCAGGAACUUGUUUCUUAUGUGGCUCAAAACCUGUCUGUACAGGACCUGACGCUUUGCAAAGCGUUUCCCGUCCCGCCCGAUGUGCUGCAGAGGACGUUCUUCGCUGUAAUAGGAGCCUUGCUCAGUAGCAGCGGGCCUGAGAAAACGGGGAUCUUUGUCAGGGAUUUUUUUAUUCCCCAUCUGAUUGGAAAAGACCUGUUUGAGAUCUGGAAAGUUGUAAAUCCUAUGGGUUUACUAGUGGAAGAACUGACCAAGAGGAAUAUCUCUGCUCCAGAACCAAGAAUUACCCGGCAGCUGGGAGUCACCACGGUUCUGCCACUGUACUUUGUUGGGUUGUACUGCGAUAAGAAGAUUAUAGCUGAAGGUCCUGGUGAAACACUGCUUGCUGCAGAGGAAGAAGCUGCCCGUGUGGCACUGCGGAAGCUCUAUGGAUAUACAGAGAACAGGACACCUUGGGAAUACUCGAAACCUAAACAAGGAGUGGCAGCUGAAAAGGCUAUCAGCAGUAACUAGGUGAUAAGAGACAUUGCUGGUUUCUCUUAAGAAUUAAUGGCUUCCAUGCCGACUAUGGAUGUAUGUAGGAAAGCAAAAGUCAGUUUGGUUUUCUGAUCUUCAGUGCUUGAAACUUUCAAAUCAAAUACGGUAUUAAAAUAAAUAAAGUCUUUUCCUUUUGCACAAUGUUUAGUAUUUGCUCAUUUUCCUAAACGUAACAAAAGUACCCGUAUUGUGAAUUUUUGCCUUUUCACUGAGAAGUUUUUCCAUACAUCACAGGAAAUGGUUUCUAAUGAUGUCUAAUAAUGCGUGACAAAGUCUCGCUGUGUAGAAAAAGGUUUCGUGAACGCUUCCUUGGGGAUUGUUUUGAGGGUAUUGUUAAGAAGAGGAGUUGAAUUACAUGCGGUCAACAUCGGCCUUUAGAUUGCAUCUGGAUUCAUUUCUCCUUGACCUUGUGAAAACUUCAAAUGUGAUGUCCAUGAUACCGAUGCUGUUGGUGAUCCAAUUUAAAAAAAAAAAAAAAGAGGUGUAAAUGGCACUUCUGAGGUCCUACUGCUUGCAUACAAAUUUUAUUUGCCAGGCACAUUGGUUUCUGUUGUUGGAACAUGCUCUGAAAGAGGGUGUAUUUUUAAUUUUUAAAUUUGUAAAAAUUUCUCUAUUGCAAAACUAGAAAUAAGUGAAAAUAAGGAUCAUGAAGGCCUGAACCCAAGGAAAUUGGAGGACAUGAUUUACUGAUAGGCUAUUAGAUAAGCAACAGCCUUCUCUUUUCUCUUUUUUUAAUUGUUUUGGUACUUUUCCUGUUUAGUCCAGGUACUUCAUUUUUCUUCUGUUUCUUGGCCACCUCAUUUAAGCAGUCACGUGACUGAAGGAUUGGAUUCAGUGAAAUCAGUGCUUGUUUCGUUUGCACCAUCUGUAGCUGUUCUAAGAUAACUCCAAGUAAAUGGAAAGUCACUUAGAGUAACUCAGGUACCUGCAUGGUGUCCCUACUAAAUGUCACAGGAACACGGCAUGUGCACCAGAAGACGGCAGAUGUGUGAGAAGUGCGACUUGUUUGGAAUAACUUCCUUCAAAAUUGAGUGAGAGUCCAUUACAAAUAGGGACUGAGCCCUCAAAGGAAGAAGCUGAACAUAGGGUGGUGGUUAAAGAACUGUUUCCUGCCUUAUCCCAGUGUGAGCACCAGUUGCACAGCAGGUAAAUGUGCCUUCACUAAUUGGGGGCAGGGGCGCAGAAAUACACAGGUGGCCAUUCGGAGAGGUUUGAUAUUACUGUCCUUAAGAACACAUGCCUGUUGCCUUCGGCCCCCAGGAUGGAUUUAGGUGAAGCACACUUGGUAGCGAAAGGUCCGAGGCUGCAGCGGAGGCUGCUAAGCAGAUCUGCAGUAACAGCGCGGGUGGCGCAUUCCCCCCUGCCCCUGGCUUGAGAACAAGUUCCAACUCCAGUCUGCUUGGUGGAAAUGGAUUUAUUUGUGUAUUCAAGCAAAAGGGCUGGUUGUCUGCGACCCCUGUUUGUCUUCAGUAUGUGGUAUGAAAUACUGCUGUGACUGGAUAGCAGUGAGACCUUUCUUCUGCGUUCUGGCAUGGGAGAUUACAUGUGUGAAAAGAAUAUAGAAAGGAGAGCAGAAAGAUCAGUCUAGCAUAAAGUAUGCAUAAAAUCACUUGUGUUAAGUGAAAAAUUCCAGCUAGGUAAUGUAUUAUCGCUUAUAUAAGCAAAGCCAAUAAGGUCACUACAUUCCAGGGGAAUAAUAGCAAAAUCUAAAAAGAGCAUAGAAAUUAUUCGUGCUAUUUUUAGUUUCCAGAUGAGGUAUUUCUCUUACCUUUACCUAUUUUAAAAGGACAGUAGUGAAGGUGGGGUUUUUUAUAUCC